UAAGUGCUUCUUGUUAUUGUUCUUCAUCUCACCAUUGUUCUCUGCCGCGUGUGGCAUCAAGCGAGUUGCGGAGGUGCUGAGUUGAAUGUUGCUGGUGUGGCCCAAUUCGUGACCAUCUUGAGGAUGGCUGUGAAGAUGAACCUCUCGUCUUCCUUCCCUUCCUCGAUGUGUUCGACACCCCGCGCGGCGACGGCGUGGCUCCCUCUAGAGCUGCAUCACUACAUCAUCGACUACCUAUGGGAUGACCUACCAACCCUGGCAAGUUGCAGCCUAACCUGCUAUGCUUGGCUGCCCUCCGCACGCUCGCACAUGUUCCGCACGCUCAUCAUCAACAGCCCAGGCAAGCACAGACGCGCCGACCAGAUGCUCAUCGCCCAUCCACAUCUCGCAUGCUUCGUCCGCGAGCUGCGUAUCGACAGCACUUGGCUCAUUCUGCACCGCACCUUCUUGGAGCUCUUCGCACUCGUGCCCAGGCUCCCGCAGCUUGCGCACCUGCGCGUCCGGCACUGGCUACCGCUCGAUAACUACUUCCCGCCCCAGGCCCCGCUCUCGUCGCCACGACAGCAGAUGCCAAUGCCCGGCAUGUUCGCGAACGUGCGCGAGCUCACGCUACACACCAUCUACCUCAACGUGUACGAGCUCGCUCGACUCCUCCACGCGUUGCCUGGCCUCCACGCGCUCCACUUCCGCUCGGUGAUGUUCGCCGAGGUCACCUCGCUUCGAGUCCACCCAACCACAGUCGCGCCUCCGGCACCAACGAUGGAGCUUCGCGCCCUCACGUGGCAUCAUUCCACCGACUUCCCGCUGAUGUGGCUUCUGCAUGGCCUCCCCAAGCUUCCCCUUCGCUAUCUGAGCCUCGGAUGGAACGGGGCGCAAAUGUCGCACUUCGUUUCUCCCGCUAUCGGUGAGAAGAAGGUGCUUCAGGAGAUGAUACGGGAGACGAUACGAAGGGCGGGACCUACGCUCGAGCACCUUGAGCUGUACGGGCGAUACCCGUCGGAGGAGGUCGAGCAGAUCGACCUCGGGCUCGGGCACUGCAAGAGGUUGCGUGUGUUGAUGCUCACGGAUCACUACGACUUUGAGGGUGCACCCACGGCGGAAGACUUGGUGUGGAUGGGCCACGUCAUUCGGCAGCUCAAUUCGCGGGCCUUGGAGGGCGUUGAGAUUGGGUUGACUUGGGAAGAAGAUCCCGCCCCACCGGACGCCCUGCGGAUGGCUCUUGCGCCUCUGGAUAACGCGCUUGCCGAGCUCGCAAGUGACCGACCUGGCCUCGUCGUCACGCUCACGGUUUGUCGAGGCCAUCGCGGGCGGACUGCCAUUGCUGCAGGAAGCCGCGUGCGCCUCUGUGUGCGCUCGCAUCCGGAGGGUAGGCAGCGGGCUAAUGGCCAGUAUCAAGUGCGCAUGCCUCACGAGUUCGUGGAGGAAGACGAAGACGAGGUCCCGAUACUGGAGGAUGAAAUCGACGAGAAUCUGCCCCUUCCACAGAGGCACGAGCGAUGGUUCCCGUGAUCUAGGUGGGGACGGGAUUGAGGACUUUUGGCAGGUAUAUUUGCGGAUGAAGAGC